GCUCAUAAGUUGUUUGCCAAAGCUGCACCGAAAUCGAAUCGUGGUCUGAUCAUCAAUGCUCUGCAGUAUAGCGUGUUCCCAGGAGCUGUGAACGACCAAACGAGAAUGAAGACAAUGAAUGAUCUGGCUGCUUCGGAUGCAAAACACUUCCUCAUUCUAUUCCGCGACUAUAAGUGUCAGUACCGAGGCCUGUACAGUUGGGAUCAGUUUGUUAUGUGUUUUAUACAGCCGUUGAUUCGCUUGGUGUUUAGGUACGAUUCGGGUGCGAAGAAUUUCUCACAGAUUCCUACAAAACAUCUCGGUGCAACCAUUGAUGGUUUCUCCAUCCAGGAUCAGUUUUGGCAAAAGCCGAAGAUCCCCUAUAGCAGUGCAGCAUCUCAUCGAAAUAACUGA